AUGCCUCGUCCCAUCAAAACGAUCCUGGUCGUGUCGGUCCUCCUCAUCCUUCUUACCAUCCAUCAUUACCUACCUUCAUCCACCCUCACUCAACUCAAACAAGCGCGUCAAAGUGCCUCUUCGACUUCGACCAGAAACACCAAAAUCAAGAGCAGGAAUAAGGUUCUCAAAGUGAAGAGACCACCUAUAUCAGGAGGAUGGUCAAGGGAACCAUACGAGCAGUCAGGCUUGACGGUCGAUCAUAAAGGUCUAACAUAUCGGACUUCCAAGGUCAAAAACAAAGGUUACACCCAUCCUAUAGUAGCGUUGAUUGAAAGAGGAAAAGAGUUGGCAAAGAAACAGAAGCAGAAAAUUGAUAGUAUACAGACUGUGGAAGAUGCUGUUGAUGAUUAUCAGGAUAAGUUUGGGAUGAAACCUCCAAAAGGAUUCGAUCAUUGGUACAAAUUCACCCAAUCAAUCAAACCACAUCCUAUCCCUGCUCCUUCAUUGAUACCGCUGGCUCACCAACCAUUCCAAUCCUUCUUAUCACUACCCCGUUCCGUCCUCAGAGAGCGAAUAGAGAUAGUCAGAUCUAAAGGAGCCAUUUUUACUCUCACCUUCGUACCUCCGGGACAAGGCGAUGAAGGUACGGCAUGUGAUCCGAGUCAGAAUUGGAUUCCGAAAGAUUAUCAUCAUCGAGGGAAGGGGAGGGUGAUUAUUGAUGGUGAAGAAGCUUGGGGAUGGAGAUGCAACAAUACCCUCACCCUGCUCUUACCGAUCCUCUCAUUACUUCCCGAGGAGCUAUUCACGAUGAACCCCCCAUUAGAACUUCCCUUCUCUUCGGAUGACGGUCCAAGGGGUAUGGUACACAAUACAUUUAGGGAGAAAGCCGAGAACCUAGGCAGAUCAGGUAAAGUUUGGCCAAUCAACCAAUUAAAUAAAGCUGAACAAUCUAUGAGAUGGACUUACGGCUGGUCUUGGUCAUGUCCUGAUAAUUCACCUUUGAAAACGAGAGCUACAGAUUUAGUCUUGAAUGACUUGCAUCAACCCGAUUAUCUUACAGGAGGAGAAAUCGAGAAAUCGUUCAUAGCGGAUUUCGAGAGAAGUGCAGACUAUUGUUCCGAUCCAGAUCUAAUGAAUUACCAUAGAGCGGCUGUGGAAAUGACUCCCGUGGUAGCUACCUGCAAGACGAUGUGGAAUAGCGAUAUUGUCGGUGUACCGCUAGACGGUGUAUUUGAAAAAGUAGAAUAUGUUAAAUGGGAAGAUAAGAACAUCGCCAAGGCGUUUUGGCGAGGUUCAGCAACAGGCUUAUUCCAUUCCCGAAAGACACCCUGGCGACAAUCUCAGAGAGAAAGAUUACAUUUCCUCGCGCACAACACAUCUGCUUCUGAGGAGAACGUGUCAAUCCUUCUACCCAAUGGCGAAGUGGGGGAAUUCACAAGAAAGGAAUUGAAUGGAUGGUUAGACGUGGGGUUGAGUGGCGUACCUGCACAGUGCGAUCAAGCUGAUGGGAGCUGUGAUGACAUGGCGAGAGAGAUUGACUUCAUGGGUAGAGUAAGGAAAGAAGAUUCGUUGAAGUACAAAUUUGUGAUCGACGUUGACGGUAACGGUUGGAGUUCGCGGUUCAGGAGAUUGUUAAGUAGUAACAAUGUUAUACUGAAAAGCACCUUAUACCCCGAAUGGUUUCAUGAAACCCUCAUACCAUGGUAUCAUUAUGUACCCGUUAAAUUAGAUUAUACGGAUAUUCACGACAUAAUGGCAUUUUUCAAUGGAUCACCUGAUGGGAAAGUAAAAGGACAUGAUAACUUGGCUAAAGAAAUAGCUAAGAAUGGAUAUGAUUUCGUGAAUGAUCAUUGGAGAUUGCAGGAUAUGCAAUCAUUCAUGUUCUUGCUGAUCCUAGAGCACUGGAGGUUGAUGUCUGAAGAUAGACAACUCGCCUCAUACGAUCCAUGA